CAUGUAUUGUAUAUUUUUUCGAGCUCUUUUUCUAGUUGUUAAUUUCUUGGAGAAUGAUUAUUAAGAUACAAACCCAGUUAAUUUCUUCAACCUCUCUGGCAAUUAAGUUUGAAUUUAUGCCACCAGUCUCUAACCUUACCAAUUCCACCAUUAAUCUUUACAUUUAUAAGCAUACACCAUCUUGGUGCUAAACUUCUACUCUUCUUCAAGAAACAUUUUCUCAUAGUACAUAAAGUCAAGUCGGUUCAUAUGGCUUCUCUUUAUUUUAUUUAUUUAUAAUUAUAGCACUUCAUAUUUCCCCCAUGACAAACGCUCCUUACAAUUUUUAUUUAUAUCCCCUCCUCUCUCCUUUGAUGUCACAAGCUUCCCAAGUUAUAUAUAAUUUUCACUUCUUUUCUUUUCACUUGUUUUCUUUUUUUGCGGUUAAAGUAUUUUUUAUUGGGUUGGCCAUGAUGAUGAUGAUUUCAACUGAUUUAAGUACUUGGGUUGUGGGUUUCUUGGUUCUUUUGUUAUGGUUUCACGAUGCAAAAAGACCUUCUUCCUCGUCUUCAACGGUGUUGGCUGCGUCUGAUGAUCAGUUGGAAAAGUAUUACAUCGAGUGGGAUGACUUGACGGUGAAUGAGUAUGAGAUCAAUGGGAACGGUACCAGGAAAAGGCUGGAAAUUAGGAAUCAAGAGAAGAGCCCUAGCAGAGUUAUCGUGGUUGACAAAAAUGGUGGCGGAGAUUCACUUACUGUUCAAGGUGCUGUCGAUCUCGUUCCUCGACACAACCGCUUGCGACAUAAAAUCUUCAUUCUUCCUGGAGUUUACAGGGAGAAGGUGCACGUGCCUAAAUGGAAGCCAUAUGUAUCAUUUAUUGGAAUGGAAAACCGGUCAUCUGAAACUGUAAUUACAUGGCACGACAAAGCCUCUGACAAGAAAGCAAACGGUAGUGUUGAAAUUGGGACGUUUGAUUCGGCUUCUGUAACCGUUGAUUCUGAUUAUUUUGGUGCCAGGGAAGUCACGUUCGAGAAUUCAGUGGUGGCGGUUCCGGGCACGAACGAUAUGCAAGCCGUGGCAUUGAGAUUAAAAGGUGAUAAAGCAUGGCUUUACAAGGUUAGGAUUUUAGGGACGCAGGAUACACUACUUGAUGAAUCAGGGUUACAUUAUUAUCAAGAAUGUUACAUUCAGGGCUCCGUUGACUUCAUUUUUGGCAACGCAAAAUCAUAUUAUCAGGAUUGUAUCCUGCAUUCAGUGGCUCCAGAAUAUGGGGCUAUAGCGGCUAAUCAUAGAGACUACCCGGAUGAAGAUACAGGGUUCUCUUUUGUGAAUUGUCAAGUCAGGGGAAGUGGCAAAGUCCUGCUGGGUAGAGCCUGGGGGAAUUACUCCAAAGUUGUGUAUUCCUCGUGUGAUUUUGAUGACAUUAUACUUCCUGAAGGAUGGAGCGAUUGGCGAAACACCGGAAAUGAUAGGAAGGUGGAAUUUGGAGAGUUCAACUGCACAGGAAAAGGAGCAGACAGGAGCAAACGGGUGGAAUGGUCAUAUUCUUUGGAUUUCUUCCAAGCCUGGCCUUAUUUAACCCCCCUAUUCAUCGAUGGUUAUCAGUGGCUCUCACUCGAAAGAUAAUAAUCAUUACAAUGUGUGCGAUGAUACCAUAGUUAGAAGUGCACAGAUUAUAUAUAUACAUAUAUAUAUAUAUAUAUAGAUAGAAUAAAAAAAAGGCUUAUAUAUAUGCUUUAUAGAGUUUUUACCUAAGAUCAUUCCAGUUCUUAUUAUUCAGGCAGUGGAUUCCCACUAACGAAAUGUCUAUAGGAUUUCCACAGUGUUAAUGCUAAUCUGUAAAGACUUUUUUAAUGUGACCAAUACAACCCAUACAGUAGUUGUCUUCAACAUCUCCUCUAUAAUUGACUUUUGCCUUCAUAAUGACUCUUUCCAAACAAUACCUAGUUCAUUUUUCUUCUCGGAAACUCAUACAUUGACCUCAAAUCUCUCGCGUUCGUUAUAAAUUCGGACCUGCAGAUAAACUCUGAUCAUUACAGAAAUCAAAACUAAAUCCCUUUUUGUCAGUUGACGGAAAGGGGAAAAAGAAAAUUAAGAUGAGAAUGGCAGAAGCAUUAACAGCUCUGGCAUGUCUCAGGGAAGCUCACUGACUUAUUGAAUAAAAAAGGGAGACACUUGGGAGGGCUUCGAAGAGAGAUCGAAUUCAUCCGGGAUGAAUUCAUUCACAUGAAAGCCUUCCUGGAAACAGUCGGACCAAAUCCAAGAGAUUACAGGUUGUUAAAGUGGAUCAACCAACUGAAAGAUGCAUCUUAUGACACUGAACAUGUUCUUGAUCAAUCCACGCUUCUCUCUGGUGGCAAUCAUUCAAAUGGAUCAUUCUGUCUUUUGGAUUUUCAACUCCAUAAGAAAUCUGUCUGCUAGCCGUCAUCUUGCUAACGAAUUACAGAUGCUGAAGCAAAGAAUCCAGCGCAUUACCAACAAUGGUAAAUACGAAUUUAGCCCACCUGAAAUUUCCAGGGCAUUCUGCUGCAAGCAGCUCAGGGAGUCAAGUUGUUCCAUUGCCCAAAAAACGCCUCAUUUCUGAUGACCCUAAACUCAAAUAUGUGUCUGCAGUUACCAUAUUGGAAGGGAUUGGAGGAACCACUCAUGAUCUACCACACACACUUCGGACUGGGAAAACUUUGUUGUCGCAUAGUUGAAAAGUUAUCUUCCUUUAAAUGACGGCCACCCCAACUGGACCAGCCUGAACUCGAUGCUGCCGUAUUAUCUUCACCAGCUUUUCCUGGUCCAUUUUUCUGGUCCCAUCCUCCAGUGGACUUGUUAAUUGAAGAUGUAUUUUCUUGAGUAUCGAACUUCUUCCCCCAGGCAGAUGAAGACUCUAAUUACUUGCCAGUACUUGGAGGUUUCUUGGAGCCCCAUUCAUCAUCA